AUGGCCCCCUUAUUCUCACGAACCUCCAGAGCUCUCCCAUACUUGACUGGGGCAGCAGUAAUUGGUACUGCAGGAACAAUAUACUUGUCAACGCAGCGGCGUCCUCUCCUACUAGACUCAGCACAGAAUGCACCCACCAAAACGCUUGCAUUUCCUAAGACUAUGCUCUUCAGCCAAGAGCUGACAGUGCUCAAAAGCGAGCAGAUCAACCACGAUACCAAGAAGAUUACAUUCUCUCUGCCUGGAGGUGAUGGAGAGGUUUCAGGCGUGCCGACCGGAGCGGCUGUAUUGACACAGCAUACGCCGACAGGGAAGUGGUUUCCAGUCCUUCGACCGUACACACCAAUCUCAGACCCGGAGGAACGUGGCGCUCUCCAGCUACUCGUGAAGCAGUAUCCUAAUGGACGAGCUUCCUCGCAUAUGCAUUCGUUGGCACCCGGCCAGAUCUUGAGAAUUCGUGGUCCAAUACCAGGCUACUCCUACACUCCAUCGCAAACGCCGGUCGAUCUUCUGUUCGUAGCCGGGGGUGCUGGGAUUACCCCAAUAUACAGCCUCGCGAAAGGAGUGCUCAGCGGUGCAGAUGAUCAAACAAGAAUUCAGCUACUUUGGGGUGUGAAUGGUACAAGAGAUAUAGUACUCCAGAAAGAGCUUGAACAGCUGGAGAAGCAAUAUCCGGGGAGACUGCAGGUGACUUACUGCGUUUCUGGGCCAGAGGGUAGACCUGAAGCGCCUAGCCUCGGAGACGAGCAGAAAUACAAGAAAGGAUACAUCAAUCAGAGUGUGCUUCAAGAAGCCAUCGCUCGCUGCGAAAAGGGCAGCUUCGGAGAUGCCAAAGGCACAAAGGUCUUCCUCUGCGGGCCGCCGACAAUGGAAAACGCGAUUGCUGGGAGUGGUGGUGUCCUUGGUCAACUCGGCAUCUCUAAGAAGCAGAUACACAAGUUUUGA